AUGCCUCCACCACCCCAUAUCAAACCCGAAAAUGUCCUCAAGCGCGCUCGAGAACUCAUCGCUGUGGGCCAGGCCCCAGCGGCCCUCACCGUCCUUCACGAACAUGUCACCUCGAAGCGGACUCGUAGCAGCCCUGUCGCGUCCUUGGAGCCUGUGAUGAUCCUUUUUGUCGAAUUAUGUGUCGAUCUGCGUAAAGGAAAGGCUGCUAAAGAUGGCUUGUAUCAAUACAAAAACAUUGCCCAGAACACCAACGUGGGAACCAUUGAGGUUGUUCUCAAGCACUUUAUUGAGUUGGCUGAGAAAAAAGUUACCGAAGCUCAAGCCAAGGCCGAUGAAAUCCAGUCAACCCUCGAGUCCGCCGUACCAUCAACCAAUGUGGACGACCUGGAAGCCAUCGAGACCCCCGAAACCAUCCUCCUGGCAACGGUUUCUGGUGAACAAUCCAAGGAUCGUACAGACCGUGCUAUUGUCACUCCAUGGCUCAAAUUUUUGUGGGAAACGUACCGGACCGUGCUUGAGAUCUUGAAGAACAAUGCUCGCUUGGAAAUUAUGUAUCAAACCACUGCCUUGCAGGCAUUCCAGUUCUGUCUCAAGUACACCCGCAAGACCGAGUUCCGCCGCCUUUGCGAACUGUUGCGUAACCAUGUGCAGAAUGCUGCCAAGUACUCCGCGCAGAUGCACGCUAUCAACCUGAGCGACCCAGACACUUUGCAGCGCCAUCUUGAUACUCGUUUUCAACAGCUCAAUGUGGCCGUUGAGCUAGAACUCUGGCAAGAGGCCUUCCGCAGCGUUGAAGAUAUUCACACUCUGCUUAGUCUCAGCAAACGUCCUGCCAAGAACAUCAUGAUGGCUAAUUACUAUGAGAAAUUGGCCCGAAUCUUCCUUGUUAGUGAGAACUACUUGUUCCACGCCGCAGCUUGGAACCGAUUCUAUAACCUUCUUCGUCAAUCGGCUGUCACGCUCGCCACUGGCCAGGGAACCAAGAAGGACAAUCCUUCCGUCACGGAAAACGAUAUGACUAAGGCUGCAUCUUUUGUCUUGCUUUCCGCCCUUUCUAUCCCCGUCAUCAGCACUUCUCGUUCCCGUGGUGCGUUGGUUGAUGUGGACGAAGUCCGCAAGAACAAGAAUGCCCGUCUUACUAACCUGCUUGGUAUGGCCCAAUCUCCUACUCGUGCUGCUUUGUUCAAAGACGCUCUCAACAAGGGCCUGCUUAAACGUGCUCGCCCUGAGAUUCGUGAUUUGUACAAUAUUCUGGAAGUUGAUUUUCACCCUCUCUCAAUUUGCAAAAAGAUUACCCCCAUUCUCAAGCAGAUUGGUGCCGACGCCGAGAUGGAGAAAUACGUUGUGCCUCUCCAGCAGGUCAUCCUCACUCGCUUGUUCCAACAACUGUCUCAGGUCUACGAGUCUGUCUCGCUAAAGUUUGUCUACGAACUUGCCCAAUUUCCCGACCCCUUCCAGGUCACUCAGUCUAUGAUUGAAAAGUUCAUCAUGAACGGCUGCAAGAAAGGUGACCUGGCUAUUCGCGUUAACCACGUUGCCGGUGUCCUUACCUUCGAUUCAGACAUCUUCUCAUCGGCCAAGGCUCUCCACCCUGGCAGCGCCGCAGGAUCCGCCGAGAGCGAAGUGGGCUCCGUUCAACGCUUGCAAAGCACGCCUGCUGAAAUUGCUCGCUCUCAGCUUUCACGCCUUGCCAAGACCUUACAUAUAACUUGUCUUUACGUUGACCCGUCUUACACCGCUCCUCGUGUCCAAGCCAAACAGCGAUCGCAUGUUCGUGCUCGCGAGGGAGCUGCCAAAGAACAUGAAGACAUUCUGGCUCGUAGGGUCAUAAUAGAGAAAAAGAAGGAGGCAGCCACUGAGUCACUCCAGCGUAAACAGCGCGAAGAGGAGACACGUAAGAGAAUCCGUACCCAGCAGCUGCAGGAAGCCGAAAAGCAGAGGUUGCUUGACGAGCAUCGCGAACGUGAAAAGAAACGCAUCAAAGAUGAGCAGGACCGAAUUCGCCAACAAGAGAUUAAAAAGCAGUUGGAAGAACUGAAGAGUGGUGGUGGUAAAGGACUCGAUUUGAGCGAUAUUGAUCCCGAAGAGCUCGACAGCAAUCGCAUUCGUGCUAUGAAGCUGGCCCAACUUGAGAAGGAGAAGAAUGAACUCAACGACCGUAUUCGCAUCACAGCCAAGCGUAUUGAUCAUCUAGAACGUGCAUUCCGCCGUGAGGAGCUCAAACACGUCUCGGAGGACUAUGACAAGCAGAAGCAGCAUGAUUUGGAAAUUUAUGAACUCGAGAAAAAAGAAACUUUGAAAGAGGCCGAAGCCAAGCACAAGGCCGAUGUCGCUCUCAAGCACCGAUUAAGCCGUCUUGUUCCAAACUUUAAUGAGUUCCGUGACAGCCUCAAUGAGAAGCGACACGAAGAAUUCGAGAGGCGCCGCAAAGCUGCAGAGCGUGAAUAUGAAGCAAAGAAGAAACAACGUGUCAAGGAGGUACAAGAACGCCGCCGCCGCGAGAAGGCCGAACGUGAAGAGGAGGAGCGUCGUAGGCAGGAGGAGGAAGAACGCGCAGAGCGUGAGGAGCAAGAGCGUCUCGCCCGCGAGGAAGAGCAGAGACGAGUUAUGGCUGAAAGGAAAGCCCAGAGAGAGGAAGAGAGAAAGAAACUUGAUGAAAUUGCCGCCAGACAGAAACAGCGUGAAGAAGAAGCCGAGGCUCGUCGUGCAGCUCGUAAAACCGGUGUUCCUACUGCUCCCGAACCUGUUCGCGCAGAACCUACUCGGGCAGAACCUACAGAGCGAACUGCUCCACGUCUCAACAUCGCUCCUCGUACUGGUACCGGCCCAAGCUGGAGAGAGCGCCAGGUUUCGAAGGAGACAGGGGGCGCUUCUGAGGCUGAACCAAAUGAAGAAGCUCCUGCACCCCGAAAGACUGGUGGUUACGUUCCUCCCCACCAGCGUCAAGGUGCUGAGGCCACUAGCCAACGUGAAGCUCCGCCUGCCAACGGCGGUACAACUGGCCGCUAUGUACCACGCCACCUUCGUGAAGGUAGUGCUGCACCUUCAGCUGCACCUUCAGCUGCUCCUGCUAGCGACAAAACUGAGGAUUCUAAGCCAAGCUCUGGUAGAUGGGUUCCUAGCUGGAAACGUCAGCAACAGUAA